UCUUCUGCUUAAGGUAAAUCUAUAAGACUUCUCAAAUGAAUAGGCUAAGUUAAGACUGUAGUAGGUGAUUCUUUUUUUUUUAACCACUCUCUCCUCUUUCCAUUCCAGAGCCUUGCUUGUAAAGAACUGGAAAAUGAACUCCACGGUCUGGAUUGUGGAUAAUUAUGAAGAAGCUCUUGCCAAAAACCUUGUGAUCGUAUCUCUCGGUCUUAUCAUUAACUUCAUUAACGGAAUGCUAGUGGUGACUUUCUUCUCCAAUCCAAUGUUUUCAAGAGACUCCAGAUACAUUUUAUACAUUCACCUGGUAAUCAAUGACAUGGUCUAUAUAUGCCUAUCAGUGACUUUAUAUGUGUUGACCUACGUUUCACCACUUGUGAAUUCUUCAUUGUGUUGUGUAUUGGUGGUGCUUGGUUCAACCACCUUUAUGAUCACUCCAUUGAAUCUGGCUGGUAUGUCAAUAGAGCGUUUCAUUGCUAUCUGUAAACCACUGCAUCACGCUCAGAUUUGCACACCACAAAGGACCUACAUUUUUAUAUGUUUGCUGUGGGUUAUAGGAACUAUACCUUCUCUGGCAGAUAUCAUUAUUCUACUCUUAAUCCAGCCCAUAUCUUUUUUCAGUUCUCUUGUACUUUGCUAUCCAUUCAGUCUGUUCCCUUCCAAAGCCCACAAGGAUCGCACCACUGCUUCACAAGUCAUUUAUAUGUCACUGGUGUGGAUAAUUCUCAUCUAUACUUACUGCAGAGUCCUUUUCACUGCCAGAAAGUCUGUUUCAAAGGGUUCAGCAAAUAAGGCUCAGAAAACAAUACUAUUGCAUGGUGUCCAGUUACUUCUAUGUAUGCUUUCCUAUAUCACCCCUGUUUUGGAUAUGUUUCUCGCUCCUUUUUUUCCUGUUCACAGAACAAAGAUCACUUUCUUAAAUUAUCUAAUCACAAAUAUUAUGCCAAGAUUACUGAGUCCUUUGAUAUAUGGGGUCCGAGACCAGAAGUUUCUGAAACAAUGA